AUGGCGGAUAUCCCCAAUCUCAACUCUGAUGCUGGAUUGAAGAAGGUCGACGAGCAUCCUCCCACUCAAUGUUACACUACAAGAAGUAUUUCUUGUGAAGGGAGUGGUGUCUCUAUUAAUGGAUUGGCAUGUACCACACAAGAGGAUGGUAGGGUUGUUGUAAUUGAUAAUGACCUUAUCAUGGAAGAGGCCGAAGAGGAAAAGAAAGCUGCUGAAAAGGGACCAGCUUCUUUGAAACCAUCCACAAACAAGAAAGAAUCUUGGGAGUCGACCGUAAUAAUUAUCAUGCCGACAGAUGCUGAGACCGACAUGAAGAAGCUAGAGAAAGAUAUAAGAUCUCUUCAAAUGGAAGGACUGUUUUGGGGACCAUCAAAACUUGUCCCAAUUGGUUAUGGACUGGAGCUGUUGCGUAUCGUAGCCACCGUGCCCCAUAAUGAGGAAUUUGAUAAUCUAGACAUCCUUGUCGAAGAGCAUAUCUGGAAAUUUGGGAGAUUCAAAUUCAGCAUUGAUACUGCUGGCUUGAAAGAAUGCAAAUCAUCAGCUCUACUACUUAUAAAGCCGAAUGAUGACGAGGCCGACAUGGAGAAGCUAGAGGAAGCUGUAAGAUCCAUUCAUGCGACAGGAUUGUUUUGGGGAGCAUCAAGUCUUGUCCCACUUGGUUCUGGAAUCAAGUUGUUGGGGAUUGAGUGCACUGCCGUUGGACACCUUAUACGUCAUGGACGCUUGGUGCACGUCGACGACAUUAUCAAAGAGGAAAUAAUGGGUCAUCCGGAUGUCCAGAGCUGUCAAAAUAUCCCCCUGGAUAGAAUAUGUAAUGGAAUCAAGUCAGAAGAGGAAUCUGAUUCUAAGGAUGAUGCGGCUGAUGAUGAUAAUGGUUCAUUGAAAGCAUCGAAGAAAGAAUCCGGCACCAAGUCAGGGUUAAUGCUAGCUGGGCUAUGUUCGUCCUACCCGGACAUAAAGAAGGUAGAGGAGGAACAUGUAUCGUCCAUUCAGAAGGAAGGAGUGGUUUGGGGAGCAUCAAAGAUCAUCAAUGCUGGCUAUGGAUUCAAUUAUUUGCGGAUGACAUUCACCAUUGUUGACGACCAGGUUUCUUUUAACAAAUUUGGCAGUGAAGUUAUCCCCUUGAACAGAAUAUGUAAGUGUCAAUUUUCAAACUCAUCAAAGCUGCAAUCUUAUUUCUGUUAA